CCGUCAUGUAGUAAAGUUUCCUUCGAAGUAAAAUGUUAAAAUUGCUAGAUUUUCUUAAACAAAAUAAAUUGGCUUACGAAAAUGACAUGGAAGAAUAAGACGUUGUACGCUUGUUUGUGUCUCUUAGGAUUGAUAUAUUUUAGUAAUGGAAGAACUGCGAAGCGUUCGGAUGUUUAUAUUGCUGGCUUCUUUCCAUACGGGGAUGGUGUGGAAAACUCCGAUACAGGACGUGGAGUAAUGCCUAGCGUUAAAUUGGCGCUUUCUCAUGUGAACGAACACCCUACAAUUUUGGUUAAUUACCGGCUACACAUGUGGUGGAAUGACACCGAGUGCAAUGCAGCCGUUGGGGUCAAGUCUUUUUUCGAUAUGAUGCAUUCUGGCCCAAAUAAGUUAAUGCUCUUCGGUGCUGCCUGCACGCAUGUUACCGAUCCCAUAGCAAAGGCCAGCAAGCAUUGGCACCUCACGCAACUGUCUUACGCCGAUACACAUCCCAUGUUUACGAAGGAUGCAUUUCCCAACUUUUUUCGUGUCGUUCCAUCGGAGAAUGCUUUUAAUGCACCACGUCUAGCUUUGCUAAAGGAAUUCAAUUGGACGCGGGUAGGCACUUUGUACCAGAAUGAACCGCGUUACUCGUUACCACAUAAUCAUAUGGUGGCCGAUCUGGAUUCUAUGCAGCUAGAAGUAGUCGAAACACAAAGUUUCGUCAAUGACGUCAACGAACCACUGAAGAAAUUGCGGGAAAAGGAUGUUCGCAUUAUUUUGGGCAAUUUUAAUGAACAUUAUGCGCGGAAAGUUUUUUGUGAAGCUUAUAGACUGGAAAUGUUUGGUCGUGCUUAUCAGUGGCUAAUAAUGGCCACCUAUUCGACUGAGUGGUGGAAUGCAACACUCGACACUGAGUGCACUGUGGAUGAGAUUUCAAUCGCACUAGAAGGAACAAUACUCGUAGACUUGUUGCCUUUGUCGACCAGUGGCGAUAUAACCAUUGCUGGAAUUACACCCGAUGAGUAUCUUUCGGAAUAUGACAGCUUGCGAGGCACCGAGUACUCCCGCUUUCAUGGAUACACUUAUGAUGGAAUCUGGGCAGCUGCUCUCGCUAUUCAAUAUGUCGCUCAAAAGCGUGAAGAUUUCCUAACGCACUUCGAUUAUCGUGUAAAAGAUUGGGAGCUUGUCUUUCUGGAAGCACUUAGGAACACUUCAUUUGAAGGAGUUACGGGUCCCGUACGAUUUUACAACAAUGAACGCAAGGCCAACAUUCUAAUUAACCAAUUCCAAUUGGGUCAAGCAGAGAAGAUCGGUGAAUAUCACUCGCAAUUAAGUCAUUUGGAUUUAACGCUGGGAAAACCAGUGAGAUGGGUAGGGAAAACUCCUCCCAAGGAUCGUACGUUAAUCUACAUUGAGCACAGCCAGGUGAACCUAACCAUCUACAUAGUAUCAGCCAGUGCAUCUGUGUUUGGUAUCAUAGUGGCCUGCGUCUUUUUGGCUUUCAAUAUAAAGUAUCGAAAUCAAAGAUAUAUAAAAAUGUCAAGUCCACAUCUUAACAAUCUCAUAAUAAUUGGAUGCAUGCUCACCUAUAUGAGCGUAAUUUUUUUGGGCUUAGACACCACAUUGAGUAGUGUGGCAGCAUUUCCCUUCAUAUGCACAGCGAGAGCCUGGAUACUUAUGGCAGGAUUCAGCCUGGCAUUUGGUGCGAUGUUUUCGAAAACUUGGCGCGUACAUUCCAUAUUUACCGAUCUGAAGUUAAAUAAAAAAGUAAUAAAGGACUAUCAGUUGUUUAUGGUUGUGGGUAUUUUAUUGGUAAUUGAUGUUGCCAUUAUAACGACGUGGCAAGUGGCCGAUCCAUUCUAUCGCGAUACCAAACAAUUAGAGCCAAGGCAUCAUGAGUCAAUGGAUGAUGUAUUGGUUAUACCAGAAAAUGAAUACUGCCAAUCAGAGCAUAUGACGAUAUUUGUUAGCAUAAUAUAUGCCUAUAAGGGCCUAUUAUUGGUUUUUGGUGCUUUCCUUGCUUGGGAGACGCGUCAUGUCUCAAUUCCCGCCUUAAAUGAUUCAAAACAUAUUGGAUUUUCUGUUUAUAACGUCUUCAUCACGUGCAUCGCCGGCGCCGCCAUUUCGUUGGUUCUCUCCGACCGCAAGGAUUUAGUUUUUGUCUUACUCUCAUUUUUUAUAAUUUUUUGUACGACAGCAACUUUAUGUUUGGUGUUCGUACCGAAAGUAAGACUGGUAUUGGUUGAACUGAAGCGUAAUCCACAAGGUGUCGUUGAUAAGCGUGUGCGCGCUACUUUGCGUCCAAUGUCAAAGAAUCGACGAGAUUCCUCCGUCUGUGAAUUGGAACAACGUCUGCGUGAUGUGAAAAAUACAAAUUGUCGUUUCCGAAAAAUUCUUAUGGAGAAAGAAAAUGAGCUGCAAGCUCUUAUACGAAGACUCGGCCCAGAAGCGCGUAAGUGGAUUGACGGCGUCACAUGCACGGGUAGUAUCGGCGGUGACACUGAGCCCAUUCUGAACGAAGCAGCUCGAUUGUCGGCCCCACCAGUGCGUCGAGAAAUGCCCAGUACAACAGAAGUAACCGAGCUGACAUCGGUGGACAGUGUGACUUCUACGCAUGUGGAAAUGGAUUGUUCUAUGGUAUCAGUACAAUCCACUACAAUCGCCCCAUCAUUACCACCCAAAAAAAAGUCCAUGAAGUCGUUAACUCAAAUGCAGGAUGGUGUGAUUCAAUCUGUCGGCUCCGUCGCCGGAUCCCAUUCACAUCAGAAGCAAUCACAAAUUCAGUCAAUUCAGCCAAUUCAACAGCAACUACAACAACAACUGCAACAACAACAACCACCAUUACAGGCAGUAAAACAUGACGAUCUCACUUAUCGACGACCGGUAGAAAAACGAAACUCUGUUUCGGCUCAAACCGAUCCCAUUCCGCCUAUAAAAAGAUCUGAGUGCAAUAACAUAAAACGAAGUGAUGAAUCACAGCUUCGGGAGCGUCGACAAUCGGUAGCAUCUAAGCACUACGAUAGUGGUAGUCAGACCAUAACGGCAAAUGCAAAGUAUUCCCACAAUCAUAAAAAUUCGUCAACAAACAUUUCAAAUUCAAAUACAGAUUUGAACGGUACUUGUCCACAUGGUCCGUAUCCGAAAAGCAAUAACAUCAUUAAGACUCCGACAGCAUCAGAAAAUCGCCGUGGAACCAAUGCGCUAAAAUCCAACUUUGUAGUCUCUCAAAGCGAUUUAUGGGACACUCAUACACUGUCACAUGCCAAGCAGCAUUCGCGUCAGUCACCACGUAACUACGCGAGUCCCCAACGUUGCUCGGAGCACAGCCAUAUCAUACCUUAUGACCAGACUACAUCGCCCAUACAGCGUUCAGUGUCGGAAAAGAAUCGUAAUAAACAUCGCCAUAAACCGCAGAAGGGUACAGUAUGCCAAAGCGAGACUGAUAGCGAGAGAGAGCGUGAACCAACACCCCCAACCACUCAGUGCAUUCAGCAGCGUAAACUCAACAAGAUGAAUAUACAACAUGCUGCUCAUCAUCAUUCCUCGCCUAAUGUGGCCCCUGAGAAGCAACGUAAGCACCGAAAUAAAGUGGAAUCGUCGAUCUAUGGUGCCAGUUCCGAGACGGAAUUAUUGGAUGGCGAAACGGCAAUAUUGCCCAUAUUCCGGAAGUUACUAACUGAAAAGAGUCCUAACUAUCGUGGUCGCAAUGUUGUGGGCCAGAGCUGCCCGAACAUAUCCAUCAAAUGCGAUAUUGUGGAAUAUCUUUAAAACGACGGGACGAAUGGGUUAAUCAAUGUCACCAAAUUGUCGCGAAUAGUGAUCUGUAGAAGUCGAUUUUAAAUGUAAUUUAACUCGGCCAUGCAGGAGCAAAAAUGGUUUGACGAAAAACUAAUACGUUUUAAAAACAAAAAAUAUUUUGAAUCUGCCUACUCACAUACGACGAUUGUACUAAUAUAAUAUAUGCGAUAUAAUUAAAUAAUAAAUAAAAUUACAUUUAACUUCACUUUUUUCCUUGCUUGGGUUGUUUUCAAAAUUGUAUAUAAGUAAAUACAUAUGUGAAUAUGUACGUGCGUAUACCUAAAAUAAAGA